AUGCUUAUUUCAUUUUUAUUUAUCGUAUCCUAUCACUAUUUUUAUCAUUAUUAUUUUCAGAAUAAUAAAAUUCAUAUAGUUUCACUGAUUGAAAGUGAUAAAGACUUCAAUUAUAUAAAUGUACUGAUCAAAUCUAUACUGUAUCACCAAAAACGUUUUCAUUGUCAAAAUAACAAAUGUUGUCUAAGUGACUUGUGCAAACGAAGCAAGACUGGAAACUUUCCAUGUUCACAUAAGAAAAUACUGAAGACUAAUGGUCCAAUAACUUUCCAUUUUAUUACUGAUAAAUCCACACAACUGAAAUUUCAAAAAAUGGAACAAAGUUGGCAAUUGAUAAAUGUGAAAUUUCAAUUUUACGAAUACCAACAUUAUUUGGAUAAAAUUAAGUGGGUUCUAUCAAAACGUUCUUCAGAUAUUAAAUCUUGUUUAAAAUUAUUAUUACCCGAAAUUCUACCGAAAAGUGUCAAACAGGUCAUCGUUCUUGAUACAUGUUUGUUGUUAAAUACAGACAUCAAUGAAUUGUGGGAUCAUUUCAGAUAUUUUAAAUCUUCUCAAAUGUUAGGAGUGACAAUGGAACAAAAUCCCGAGUUUGAAGUUGUCAUGAAGAGUCUAAUUAAAGGCUGGAGAGGUUAUGGAUAUAAUAGCGGAGUUGUUUUAAUGGACUUAGCUAAACUACGUUCAGCAGUAUGGAACCAUUUAUGGAUGAGUGCUAUUAAAUUUGUUAUGAAGGCAACGCGUUAUUUGUCAGCUGGGGAACAAGGUGUUAUAAAUUUAAUCAUGUUUAGAAACAAUGAGAUAUUUUACAAAAUACCAUGUGAAUGGAACAUACAACUCAGUUCAGGUGUUGAUGUACAUAGAUGUCCAGUUAGUUGGUUGGCUGAAAAUUCUCUAUUAAACAACAGGGAUUUAAUGUAUGGGAAACAACCUAAAAUUGUGUACUUAAACCAUCAAGUAAAACCGGAAUAUCUGAACUUGGAAAAUAUAUUAAAUGUUGAUACCAAUGUAUCACUUACGACUUAUAAUGCUAACUUACUCUACAUGGUGUAUCUUAAAGAAUAUUUUAAAUAUCGACAUAUCAGUCAAAAAUGUUUCUAUUAA